AUGCGCUCUUUGAGCAAUCUCCCGGCAUCUCUCCUCGCCCUCCUCUCAACCAUCUACCUACCACCUACCCUCGCCUCUCCCUCGGACCUCAAGAUCGAAGCCACCACCCUGACAACCUGCUCCCGCCCUUCGCGCAACGGCGACAAGCUCUCCAUCCACUACAAAGGCACCCUCCAGUCUACAGGCGUCGAGUUCGAUGAGAGCUAUAGACGCGGCGCGCCUUUUUCAUUCACUCUCGGCGCGGGUCAAGUGAUAUCAGGAUGGGAUGAAGGACUACUAGACAUGUGCCCUGGGGAGGCGAGGAACUUGACGAUACCGCCGGAGAUGGCUUAUGGAGACCGGGGGGCACCGCCUGCGAUUCCUGGCGGGGCGACGCUGGUGUUUGAGACGAAGCUAGUGGAGAUUAUUGGGGUGGAGCAGGAGAGUGUUACGCAAGCGGCAGAGACGAAGACAGAGGGUGCAAUUUCGAUAGAGACAUCGCCACCUGUGCCGCCGCCUGGGUGGAGCGGGAAGGGGGAGAAGGAGGAAACGGAGAAAGAUAAGACGCCGACGUUGGAGGGAACACCUUUGACGUCUGUGCCGGCAAGCCCGUUGGUGAAGGAGGGAGAAUGCCACCUACUUGGACCCUUCGCGUUGAUAGUGCAGGCUGCGUUGGGCGGAUUGGCACUGUUGGGACUUGUGUACAAACGAUGGCGGGAGGUGAACAAGCGACCGUGGAAAAUUUGGUUCUUUGAUGUUUCCAAGCAGGUCGUGGGCUCGAUGCUUUUACACGUCCUGAACAUACUAAUGAGCAUGACGGGAAGUGGGGAGCUCAUUGAUAAUGCGAAGCAUGCUGCCUCGAAGUCGAGUGACAGUAGUACCGCGAGCGACAACACGAAUCAGGGGGGGAGGGCGACACCGAACCCUUGUUCAUUCUACAUUCUGAACUUGGGCAUAGACACAACCGUCGGUAUCCCAGUCCUUUACCUUUUCCUCAAAGUCCUCCAUGUCGCCUUCCGCUACACACCCCUGGCGAGACCGCCCCAAAGCAUCAAGUCCGGCCAUUACAAUGAACCCGGCGAAUCUCCUCGAACAACUUGGUGGCUCAAACAAUCCCUAAUCUACUUCAUUGGCCUCGUCGGCAUGAAGGCCUUCGUCUUCCUGCUCUUCCGCAUCCUCCCCUGGCUCCCUUGGGUCGGCGACUGGGCGCUACGCUGGACCGAAGGCAACGAAGCACUACAACUCGCAUUUGCGAUGUUCAUCUUCCCAUUAGCGAUGAACGCGGUGCAGUACUGGAUUAUUGACAGUUUCAUUAUGGAUCGGUCGAGAGUCAAGAACGAUGGGCAAGGUUAUCAGCCGAUUCAGAGUGGAGAUGACGAGGAAGGUGGUGGAGGGGUGGAUAGUGAGGAUACGGUCACGGAGGAGAGUGUGCAGGGAAAGGGAUCGGGGGAGGAUGUAAGGCCGCCGCCGUUGGAGGAGGUGAAUCCUACCCCUAUACCUGACUAUGAGAGCGAGGAUGAUCACAAGGGGUCGGGAAGUCGACGGCAGAGUCGUAGCUGA